AUUCGUUGGAGGGCGGAGCCAAACGCUACCAUGGCCGCCGCCUGCAGUAGUUGCGAGUCCUGCGGGUCAGCAACCGAUCUCAUGUCAAAGGCGAAGAGUAUGCGUUUAAAAUCAUUAUGGACGUUCAUUCUACUUAUUCUCACCGUCAGAAUGAGUUUAGCCGAAGAAGAAGACGACCACGAAAUGGAGGAGUUUCUAAAGCGGGAGUUUUCCCUUUCCAAGCCCUACCAAGGUGUUGGCUCUUUAGGGUCCUCCCACUGGGAGCUUAUGGGUGAUGCCAUGGUAACAACUGAACAGGUGCGCCUCACACCUGACAUGCAGAGCCGCCAGGGGGCGGUGUGGAGCCGCAUUCCAUGUCAUCUGAAAGACUGGGAGAUGCAAGUGCACUUCAAGAUUCACGGGCAAGGAAAGAAGAACCUGAAUGGAGAUGGGCUGGCCAUCUGGUACACCAAGGAGCGGGUGCAGAAAGGUCCUGUUUUUGGAAAUAAGGACAACUUCACUGGCCUGGGUGUCUUUGUGGACACGUAUCCUAAUGAGGAAAAGCAACUAGAGGCUCAGAAGAAGAGAUACACUCCACGCACACAGAGGAUCUUCCCCUUCGUUCUGGCCAUGGUGGGGAACGGCAGCAUCAGCUACGACCACGAGCGUGACGGUCGACCAACAGAGCUGGGGGGCUGCAACGCCAUGGUGCGAAACCUCAAACACGACUCCUUCCUCUUCAUACGAUACGUGCGCCGCAGACUAACGGUGAUGAUAGACAUCGACGGUCAACACGAGUGGAGGGACUGUCUGGACAUUCCUGGAGUGAGACUUCCUCUGGGUUAUUAUUUUGGAGCCUCAGCCAUCACUGGAGAUCUGUCAGACAACCACGACAUCAUUUCCCUGAAACUCUACCAGCUGACAGUGCUGCGGAGUCAAAAGGAAGAGGAAGAGGAGGAGGAGGAGAUCACAAUACCCAGUGUUGAUAACCUGGACCUGGUCAGAUGGUCUCAGAAAGAAGAAGGGAUGAGCGGAAUUGCCAUCUUCUUCACCGCGCUCUUCUCGAUGCUUGGCUGCAUCUUCCUCAUCGUCAUCGGCAUCGUGGUAUACAGCCACUGGAACGAGAGCCGACGCAAACGCUUCUACUGACGAAGACCCCCCUCUCCGGGGGACAGAGGACAGGGGACAGAGGACAGUGGACGGUGGUAACUGUUGAACUCCAGCUCAGAGACUCCACUUGAACAGAGAAGCUGAGAAGCUGCUGUUGCAAGUACUGCUGUUGGCCACUUGAGGGCAGUAGCUGCUCAUAUGGAUGGACAUGGAGAGUCACCUGCUGGUUCACAGUCAGGAACUGGGAAGAUUUGAUUCCAGUGUUUCUCUCUGACGCUACAACUCUGCCUUUACAUCCACCUCAGUACAACACACCACCUGACUCUUCAUAAGCAGCUGUAGUUUUAUCUGAAUCACGUAAAAAACACUUUUGUUUACUUUAGGUUCUGUUGUAAAAAAAAAAAACACUGAAUAUUACCUUUAUUGUAGCUCCAUGCUAAACAAAGCUACACCUUUAAAACUGCCCUGGAAAAUAAUAAUAUUUAUGAAACAUAUAAUCAUGCUGUAGUUGCUGUAGUUUGCAUGGAAAUGAAACAAGUCUUAAUAAAUAUUACUUUAUGUGGCCAAAACCACACACUAAUUUACACAGAAAAUCAGGUUUUUCUACAUACCACUAGAGGGAGCCAAAGCAAAACGAGUAGUACAAGAACCACAAGCUCGCCAUCAGAUGUUUCCUUUCCUCACCACCUGUGAUUAUUUGAUUUAAUUAUUAUUAUUAAUUAAUUAUUAUUAUUAUUUGUUAAUAGAAACAUAGUCUAAUCAUUUGUUGCACUGAAGAUAGAAAUUCUGUUAAUAGAAUAUGUAUUGACUACUCAUAUAUUGACAUACAUUUUAUUUACCAUAGUUUCUUUUUUUCCUCUCUGUGUUCCCUGCCUCGUGUUCCUGCACAUGUUCAUGGAGACUGGCCUUUAGCUUCUGUUCCCUGUGUUGCAUGUUCACACAGAACCUGUUUUUCCUUUGAUGUCGUCUGCUGCAAAGUCAAAACACUGGAGUGGGUUUGAACGCCUGCGUUUGGACAGAGAAGCUGCUGUUGAUUUCCUAUAUGUCCUGGUGAUGAGUCCAGGUCUCAUGGCAACACCAUAUGUUUUCAUGUUAUUUGCUGAUUGUGCAAUGUUUGGCGAAGACGCUCAUUUCCUGUUACGCUUGUGGCAGAAGUUGACUUUGUAUGUUCUCUGUUUGCCCUCAUCUCUGUUGUGUCUGAUGUUUCGGUCAAAACCUUCAUUACAUUUGAUCCUGGUUGAUUUGUCCAGAGCCAUUACAAAUGAUCCAUUAAAUAAAUGAGUCCUAAAAUA